GCGGAAACACCACUUCUGGGGAAAUGCUCAUAUUUUCUGCAUGCGGAUUUUAGAAUAUUCGCAUGAAACCUGCUGCAGAUAAUAAAAUUAACACGUUCACCACGUGAAUGAAUAAUCAUAGCGUCACGUGACAGUGUUUUAGUCAUGGCCGACGACUGCAGACGACAGGGCUUCGAACUGGAGAGAAGGAUCUUUGAGUUGGACAGUAAGUGCGCAAGCCUCAGAACCGAGAAACAAGGUAGGUGUGCACUGUUAUAACAAUCAUUUGUAAAGAAAGGUAGCUAAUGUCACUUCAAUGUGUUCAGUUGAAAGCUCUUCUCAGCUGGCUUAUUUAGCUAGCUACGUUAGCGACCAUAACACCAGAAAUACUUUAUGAUAACACCAGACCAAGGUAGCUAAACUAGCUAGUUUGUCAAAGUUGCAACAACAGUAUUAAACUAUAUCACUCAUCGCAUACAUUCGCUAGCUAGUUAGGUUUGCUUGAGAACGUAGCUAACGUUUACAUUAUUAGCUACGUUAGCUAGUUAGCGUUAGCGAGCUAACUUGAUACCUAGCUAGUUAGCUAAUUAUUUUUGUUUUACAUUUUGUUUGUUUAUUUCACUUGCUUUGGCAAUGUAAACAUGUUUCCCAUGCCAAUAAAGGCCAUUUGAAUCGAACUGAAUUAAUUGAUGUGGUACUGUAACGUUAGCUAGGGAGCAGAUAGCUAGCCAACUAAUGUGUCGACAAAGAUGCUGAGCUAGGGGUAUUGAUCCGUUACUUUUCAAAACAUUCAAUGCAUAAUGUUAUUGCAGAUUGCUUGACCAAUGUAUCUAGGCUAUUCUGGGAUCCUGAUUUCUUGGAUUUAUUAGCUAGGUAGCUAAAUGUAUUCCACUUUGUGUAAGGUCUUUGCUUACUGGCCAACUAUUCUCUUCCAGUGAACUUGAUUUUGUCAACUCUAGUCUAGACCAAUAAAACUGUGUACUAUGGUGGCCGGAGGACAUAGCUAGGUUAUCUUCUUUACUGACUAACUCAAAGGGCAGCUCCUUACAUUUUAUGCCAUUAUCAUGCCACUGUGAAAGACAUUGUCACAAUGACAUAGCUAGAAAUCUAGUCUCGUGUAGCGCAGUUGGUAGAGCAUGGCGUUUGCAACGCCAGGGUUGUGGGUUCAUUUCCCACAGGGGACCAGUAUGAGAAGAAAAAAAAUGUAUGCACUCUCUAACUGUAAGUCGCUCUGGAUAAGAGCGUCUGCUAAAUGACAAAAAUGUAAAUGAACAGUGUGUUUAAACUAACACCUGAAAUUAUACAUUAAACUCUGUAAGCAUGAGAUGUACUGUUUGGACAUAAAGUUAGACCUGUAAUACAUAUUUAACAACUUUAUUUUCUCCUAGAUGAUGACUAUUUACAGAAUGCUUCUGCGAUACUAGACAAGUUGAAAAGCUUUUACAGACAAGGGGGGGAGAGUAACAGUCUGCCUAAACUGCUUCAGGAUUACACUCAGGUAUUGCAGUUCAUUAAAUGUUACUGUUCUAGCUAGAGUCUAGACAAAAUGUUUUAGGCUAGGUGUGAAUUCAAAUAUGUUACCAUACCAUCCAAGUUCCCUUCAUCUCUGAUAAUCCUGUACAGUCAGGUAGGCAGGCAAUUGGCCUACUGAAUGUAAACGGUAGACUUCAUGUGUUCAGGCCUUGUUAGUUGCAAAUAGGUAGCCUCAUAGAACCAAACAGAUUGUUGUUUUGGUGAGAUAUGGCAUGCCCAGGCUGGUUCACGAGGCAAGCAAAUUCCCCACAUGUCCUUUUGUGUUCUAGUAGUUCUUCCACCUGCUGUUCGAAAUAGGAUAACAGUACUCUAUUUUGUUAAAAGUCGUAAUUGUCAUCCAAUGACAUGAGCCUGAAGGUGUGAAAGAGCAGACACACUUGUUGUCCUUCCUUGAUGCGGGAACCUUCAACUGACCAGUAUCCUCGUUGUGACUGGCUCUGUUCACAAAUGAAAUGCACCCUUCCUCAUGUCCUUGAAGUAGCCCAAUCACUGAUCUGUUAGUGAAUGGAAUGUUUGUUCAUCCUUUCACCUGUCAGACCAUAGAAAAUCAGUGAUUACUUUCAAAAGACGAAAUGACACAAUGAUGCACUUUAAAAAGAGGGGAACUAGUCCACAAAUGUGGAAAUCUAGAAGAGUUCAAAAGAUUUGAAUUCCAACUUCAAAGUGCAGUGCUGAUGCUAAACCCAGUGACUUGUUGACGACAUUGACAUAACUCCCAACCCACGGUCUGUCUGAGUUAUCCGCAUCAUCCCCACCCACCAUAGCAGAGUUGUAGACAGGCUGUUGGAGAGACAAAGACAUUUGCCUUCUUGAAGGGAGUUGGCCAACAGCCUGUGGACAAAUCUAGCCUGUGGAAGAAGUCUGCAAUUCACCUGCAUUAGAGUUGAAGGUCGGCCGACCAUGUGACUCUUGUCAUAAAUGUUAGCCAAAGAGCAUGGCUGAAUGGGUUAAUUGCAAAAACUAUUAUUGUUUAAUCAUAUUUAUUUGUGUUAAAGGUCCAAUGCAGCAGUUUAUUUUUAAAAAUCUCAAUAUCAAUUAAUUGCUGGGUAACAAUUAAGUACCUUACUGUGAAGGUUUUUUUCUUAUUAAAAUGGUUUUAAAAAAUGAACAAAUAGCUUCUUAGCCAAGAGCAAUUUUCUAGGACUGUCUGAGUGGUAAGGGGAAAGCAAGCUGUUGGCAGAGAGGUUUGGAACUUUCUUAUUGGUCUAUUAACUAAUUUACCGCAUGGUGAUGUCACCAGGCAGGCCAAAACUCCAUCCCACCAAAACCGGCUGAAAUUUCAGGCAGUCUUUUCAAAGAGCUCUUACACUUAAAGGGAAUUAUCAUAAUUUUCACAGUAUUAUUCCAACCUCAUAUUGUGGAAAUGUAUAUAAAACACAGGAAAAUCAAAUUUGUUGACUGCACUGGGUCUUUUAAAGUAAAGAAUGACACUAAAGUAAGUGUGUGUGUGUGUGUGUAGGUGAUCCUGGACAUCACGUUCUAUGAGGAGAACAAGCUGGUGGACCAGGAGUUCCCGGAGGACUGCUCGCCCUUUAAGAUCCAACAGCUGCUGCAGGACCUCACAGAGCCAGAGGUGCUGGCCGGGAGGCUGUUCCCGGCCCAAGAGGUGUGCGUGCCUGCGUGCAAGAGAUAUUCAGCCUGCUCUUAAAGGGCAAUGCAUGUGCAUAGGACCUCAUACCCUAUGCACUGAGUAUUUUGUUCACUACAAGAAAAUAACAGCAAAUUUACAUACCACACACACCAAUGGAGUCUGCUGUGGGGCGGACGGCUCAUAAUAAUGUCUGGAACGGAGCAAAUGGAAUGGUAUCAUACACAUGGAAACCAUCCGUUUGCUGUAUUUGAUACCAUUCCACUUAUUUAGCGCCAACCAUUACCACGAGCCCGUCCUCCCCAAUUAAGCUAAACACUAUUGUUUAGUGACAGCUGUCCCUGUUCCAGGUGCAGUCAGUGCUGGGGCUAGAGGUGUUAGAGUGCCUCUACUGGAGACGUGGAGCACUGCUUUACAUGUACUGCCACACCCUCCACCAACGCAAGCAGUGGAUCAAGAAGAACAAGGCCACUUUCCUCAAGGUAGGGCCAUCUAACUUUAUAUAGAAGUCCUAACUUGAAUUGCAGUGCACCUGCUACUAUCAGAGUUGGAUUCCUUACGCCUGUUGUUCAUGCGGAGUGUUGUUGUUGUGUCUGUCUUGUGUCAGUGUCUUCAGGAGGGGGUGCGCUACCUGAUGAGGAUGCUGCAGGUGAGGAACUCUGUGAAGCUCAAUGACGGGGUGGUGUUUCACGACUCUGCUACCGCCAACUUCCUGGCUGAAGGUAAACACAGGACCGCUAUAAUGUUAUACAUGUGUUUUGUUGUGGCCUGUUUAUUUUGUCAAUGUUACAUGCUUGUUUUGACAUUAUCAAGACAACCUUUUUCUUCACUUUCUUCAUUUCUCGUAAAGGGAUGAAAAAACACAUCUGGUUAUUUAUCUGUUUUUAUUUAUUUUCCAACAGGCAUCUUCUCAGACACCCACCUGUUGACGAUGAUGUACAUCGGGGAGAUGUGUUUCUGGGCUGUGAAGUACGAGGACUGCAGCGUGGAUUCCACGGAACGCAAAGAGGACCGGCUUCACUUCCGGGACAUUGGGACGCAGAUCCUGCACAAAUACGUGCUGGCCUGUGACGGCCCUCUUCAGGGCCAGGGCUGGAACACUGAGAAUGCCAAGGAAAUUCUUAGUAUCUUACAGUGAACCAGGGAGGGCUAUGGGUACAAGUUUCCCUUAGGCACUGAUCUAGGAUCAGAUAAUCAAACCCUGAAUUGUAAUGCUAAGCAUUAAGGGAGAGGGAAUCUGACGGAUCAGUUUCUAGGGUCAACUUUCUCCCGUUCUGAAAGGCUCCGGCUGACUGAGGGGGUGAAGGUUGGGGCAAGGGUAGGUGAAGAAUGAGGGGCUAGGGUAGGUGAAGAAUGAGGGGCUAGGGUAGGGAGAGAUGUUAAUUAAAUGUGAGUCUCCCCGUUCCCUGCAAGAAGCACUUAUCUUCCAGAUUUCAGACUGUUGGUUGGGCAUGUGUUUUGCUCUGAGAAUGUGGUAGAAUAAUAAUUAUAUUAAAAUAAGAUUAUUAACAAAACUAAAAAAAUUGUUUGAAGAUGAAUGAUAAUAUAGCUUGUAAUGAAACAUUGCACAGCAACUGUUUUUAUUUAUUGUUUUAAUUAUUAUUAUUUUGUUAUGUUUUUUUAAAUUAAUUGCAUUUAUAUAUAAAUAUAUAUGGGGGGAAAAAGUUAAGAUGGGGAAUACACAGAGUUGGUGACUGAAGUAUUCAUGACCAUUUUUGAGUAUGUACAGUUUUUUGUUUGAAACAUCAGCUUUGUAAUAUGCCACCUCUUUUUCUCACUUAUAAAAAA